UUCAUUAGUGAUAAUGCAGAAAGAAGAGAUAUUGAACGAGAAAGGUUGCAACAUGAAUUGAACGAAUAUGAUGAUAAGCUAAAUAGACUAGUCGAAGCACACCAGGAUCACUUGAAAUCAAGCAUUCAAACAUUUACUGGAAUUUCAACAAGAAUUUUAGCAUCUCUUGUGAAAGUUAAAGCUCUAAGAGACAAUUUGUUAGCAUGCAAGUCAUUACUGCACUGCAAGAGAGAAGAAUUGAAGAAGUAUUGGAUGGAUGGCUUGGAGUACAAUGAAGUCUUAAAUCUUUUAGAUAGAAUAGAUCAAGUGAAGAAUGUCCCCGAACAGAUUGAGAAAUAUAAGAAAAAGAAAUAUUACUUGCAUGCUACAGAGCUUCUUGUAUCUACAGUUUCUCUACUUGAGGGAAGUUUGUCUGGAGUAGAGGCACUGAGACAUCUUCGUCUUGAUUUGCAGUCACGCAAAAAGGUGGAGCAUGAGUUGCUGAUUAAAGAAUUGACCACUCAUCUGUACUUGAAGUCAGAGAAAAGCCGAGAAAAGCGAGCGAAACUGGUGGCAUACAUGACAGACAGUGCUGCUUUGGCUGUAAAAGAAUCAUCAUCCAGUAUUGGUUCAUCUGGAGGACUCUUUAAAAAGUCCCAUUCCCGCACUGCCUCAAGAUCACUGAAUCUUUCUGAAACAACAUCUACAGAUGAUUCUCUCUCUUCAACUGAGGCAAUUAAGAAGCGAAUGAAGAUAGAGAUGUCAUUGAUUAUCCAUAGAGCUACAACACUUGUUACUAAAAGAUUUUACCAAGCAUUUCUCAAUUCUGAUGGAUAUACCAUUCUUAGUUCAGAAGUGAAGCAAGCUGACUCUCCCUCGUUUUUGUGUUUAGGAGAUACCAAUAUUUACACCAUUGACGUUGUUUGGUCUGAGAUUCAAUUUGCUAUCCAAGUAUUGCUUAGUGACUACCUAGAUGUUCAAAACACUGCAACACAGCAAACCUCAGUGACCUUUUCUGAGUCAUCAAGUGCGACCGGAAACAGUGAAUCGGAAGAGUCACCGUGUGGAAUGUCCACGGCUAAAUUGACGCCAAUGUAUCGUUUUGAAGGUUCUUCGUCAGCGAUCAGUAUGAAUACCUACAUCAGGGAGAGACGCCAAGAAUGCAUGGCUGGGACUGCGAAUGAAGAUGACGAUGACACUUAUGGUGAGCCGCUACACAAUACCAAGCCACAGCUGUUAUGUAAACCAAAUCCAAGGAAUAUAACAGUUGUGUUCUGCCCUCUGAUGUCCUUUGUCGGUGAAAUAGAAUCAGCUAUAAAGAUACACGGAGAGAUGAGGUGCACUCUGUAUGGUUUUAUCACCGACUAUGUGAAGGAUAUUUUCAUUGAGGAAAUCCUGUUUCAUAUUACUGAGAAGUUGAAGGAGGUAACCCUAGACACGGAUACAUUUAGAAGAACCACUGAUGCAAACAUUUUGAAGCUUUUGGGAGCAACCAGACCCCUUCUACAGAGCACCGCUACAGUAGAACAACUGAUACAGGAUCUGAAGAAUCUUAUGCACAGCUUACCAAACUACUCGCCUCAGUUUGUUGAAAUGGUUUCCAAAAUGCUGACGAUUUUCAAGGAUCGAUGUUAUGAGACAUACAAAGCUCUGCUGAAAUACAGCGCGGAAGGUGACAAAAACACUCGUGUUUUCAGCGCCAACUGGACGAAAGACGAGGAUAUCAGUCGCUGCUUGAGAUCCUUGCCAAACUGGCCUGGCCCUCAACAACACCACUCACAUCGACAAAGAAAGGAAGAUGGAGAACAGGAUAUUGAAGCUGUAAGGAAAAGAAAUCAAAAGGAAACAGACAUACUGACUGACAAUCUGGCCAACCAUCUUCUGAACGAUUCUGAAGUGCUGUUUGAAGCACGUGAUCACAGAACACUGGCAAACCUUCAAGAGAGCAUGGAGUGGCUGGCAGGUCACAUACGAGGUUUUACCACAAGUUUAAGAGCGCAGUCCACUGAUAUAAACCUCAUAACAACUGAGUCACAGGAGAGAAUCAAACCGAGAGAAGUGCAUGACGGGUAUGGAUUUGCCUACGUUUAUGGUAGAAAUUGGCAAGAAAUCCCGCCUGUCUCCCAGGAAAUCCUCCAAUCACUUACAACGCUGGCAGAAGAUUUUCAAAACAUCUCGGAUUCUUGUUUGCUAGUGCUUCAUCUGGAGAUUAGAUGCCAUUGCUUUUAUUUCCUGAUGCGGGCUGUGCAAGAGUCUAAUUACAUGUGCAAUUCAAACGCCAUGGACCCGGAUGUGAACGUGAAUAAUUUGAACAAGAGUUUGUCAUCGUUUGAAGAGAUUGCAACGGCUUGCAUGGGAAACUACAAGUUUAGAUACCUGUUUGAGGGAGUGGGUUUCCUCGUAUCUUCUAUUCUCGUCUCGAACGUUUCGGAUAUAAAGAGAAUUAACCAGAACGGGAUUAAGAAAAUGUGCCGUAAUAUCUUCGCUAUUCAACAAAACUUGACGAACAUCACCAUGUCUCGGGAGGGGGACCUAGAUCGAGCCAGACAGUAUUAUGAACUGUUAUACUCCAACUCGGAUGAAAUCUUAACGUCCAUUGUGGAGCAAGGCGCCAAGUUUUCCCAAAUGGAGUAUGCUGACCUUUUGUCACUGAAGGCGCGUAGUCAGACGGUCCGAGAUAACAGUGCGCAUGAACAGCGACUGGAAAGACUGAAAGAAAUCUUCAACAAGUAAAUUAUAAGGUCAAAGCCUGGGUGAAAAAUUACAAAAAUCCAUUUUCAAAUCAACAAAAUUUUUAAAAAACUGAGUUGAAAGUGUUAUAUUAAUGAAAUAUAACUUUCUUAGCCAAGUUUGCAAAUUGAAACUUUUGUUACUAUAUAUUUUUGUUUUUCAUGUUUUUGUCCUCACGGAAAGGCCAAUUAUCUCAGGAAUUUUUCUUUAAUAAACACCUCCCCGUCAAGAUUGUGCUUUUUAAACUUGACUAGAAAACUCAGACAAGGACCAAAGUAACGUAGACGUCCCAAUUCUUUAAACGAUGGAUGGUAAUCUCAAAUUGGUGGGCAUAGUUGCUAUAUUGAACGAUUAAUGAAAAGGAACCAUUGUUAUUUUGUUAUUGCUUGAGCGGAACUUAAAUUAUCAUCUCGAUAAACAGCUAUUUCAGUUUGUCAUUUAGUUCAUUUGUUGUUUUGUCAUUGAAGUUAGUUGAAGUAUCAGCAUAAAACAUCGACCGAACUCUACCUUUUAGGGUUAAAGGUAACAGUGGAAGAGAUAAUUUGAUGUCUGUUGGACAUCGUCGUCAAAUAAUAAAGUGAAAUAAUAGUACAGAACAAGCUUUAUGCACUAACUAAAACCGCAAAAGAUUAAAGAAACGGACAGUUCCUUAGUUGUAAGUAUUUCAUCAACAAAACAAAUGAAAACAAUUCUUUGAAAAACUGU